UUCUAGAUCUCCGGGCACAGAGCAAGCUGCAAGCGGUUGAAGAAGCGGCGCAGAAGCUCCAAGUCUCUCUGCAGCCUGACGACACCUCGGACGCGUCAGCAAAGGGAUCGGACAGUCUGCAGCUAUUGGAUGAAGCGCAGGCAGGAGUCCGGAUGCUGAAAGCCCAGCUGGGUAACGUCAGUGCAGCGUAUGGAGAAAUCCAGAUCCGUCUGGACAACAUCAGUGCAGCGUAUGGAGAAAUCCAGAUCCGGCUGGAUAACGUCAGUGCCGCACGAGCAGCAGUGCAAGGUCGCUGCAGUGACGUGCUGACAAAGCUCUCCAGGGGCUGGAAGUUUUACAGUGGGAACCUCUAUUACUUUUCACACGAAAGGAAGUCGUGGGACGAGGCCGAACGGUUUUGUGUGUCUCAGGACUCACACCUGACCUCUGUCUCCUCCCAGGCAGAACAGGACUUUCUCUCCAGCGAUACCAAAGAUCAAAAUCACUGGAUUGGACUCACCGACCGGGAGACAGAAGGCAGCUGGCGCUGGGUGGAUGGCACAGAAUACAGAGCAGACACAAGCAGGGGGUUCUGGGCGGAGAAUCAGCCAGACAACUGGGAUCAGGGGAUUGGAGGCAGAGAAGACUGUGUUCACAUCCAUUCAAUCAACCGGAAUUUGUGGAAUGAUGCCAACUGCGCUCUGCCUUCUAGGUGGAUUUGUAAGCAGGCCCAUGGACCAGCUGGGCUGUGAUAUGCAGGUCCCAGCACCUCAGAAAGCGCCUUAAUUUCCAAGCUAGAAUAUUUCCCAGCCACCCGCUGGUGAGGAGCUCAGUUUGACAGCAGCCUGUCUGGCAAGAGAUCACUUAUCAAUGGUUGUGGUUGCGAAACCCUAAUUUCUGUGUGUUUUAUUUUUUUG